AUGUCUACGUCUGCGUAUCGGAACUAUGGCUCGCGCGUUCACGGCUCCCAGGAGAAUAUGUAUGCACCAUUCGUAUCAGAGACAGACUGGGAUGUUGGACGAUGGGCGAAUCUCCAUGGCAUCAGCUCUGCAGCUCUAACAGAGCUCCUCACCAUCAAGGGGCUUGUCGAAAAGCUGGGACUUUCAUUCCGAAACGCGAAUCAGCUCCAUGAUAUCUUCGAUAACAGCCUUCCCUCACGCCGCCCAAGCUUCAAGUACCAUGAAGCUCAUGUCAUGGGCGAGGCAUUCGAGAUGUAUGCGCGUGACAUCAUGGAGUGCAUCGAGGCACUGUACGGCGAUCCAGAACACGUCCAUUACCUUUGCUUUGCGCCCGAGCGCCACUAUGCUGAUGCGGACCAUAAGGUCCGUUUGUACCAUGAUAUGCAUACAGGGCAGUGGUGGUGGUCAAUUCAGGAAACUCUUGAGGAGCAAAACCCGGGUGCGACCGUAAUCCCGGUCAUCAUCUCUUCUGACAAAACUCAGCUCACUCUUUUUCGGAACAAGACGGCGUAUCCUGUGUACCUCACCAUCGGUAACCUCCCCAAGUCCAUCCGUCAGAAGCCCGGACGGCAGGGCCAAAUCCUUCUCGCAUACCUCCCAACUAGUCGACUUGAGCACAUCACCAACAAAGCAGCCCGCCGUCGUGUCCUUGCCAACCUCUUCCACGCGUGCAUGUCCAAACUUCUCGAGCCCCUUAAAGCCGCCGGUGUCCACGGAACUGUCAUGGUCAGCGGAGACGGUGUUGCACGACGUUGUCAUCCCAUCCUUGCUGCAUAUGUCGGAGACUAUCCUGAGCAAUGUCUAGUAGCCUGUGCUUAUAAUGGCGACUGUCCAAUAUGCACCUGUCCACACGACGAGCUCGGGGACUUCCCGUCUUCUCACCCACCCCGUGAUAUGAAAGUGUCCCUCGCCGCUGUCAAGUCACUCGAGUCUCCCACAUUCGUUCAGGCAUGCGACAACGCGAACAUCAAACCCGUCCAGCAUCCGUUCUGGGAAGAUCUUCCUUACACCGACAUCUUCCGUUCUAUCACUGCAGACGUGCUCCAUCAGGUCUAUCAAGGUGUAUUCAAGCAUCUCCUAUCCUGGCUGAAGGUCGCAUGUGGGGCAGCAGAGAUCGACGCUCGGGUCCGCUGUCUUCCCUUUAAUCAUAGCAUCCGAAAAUUCUACAAAGGUAUCACCGGCCUCUCACGCGUGACUGGGACUGAACACCGGCAGAUCAGCCGGUUCCUCCUUUCCAUUGUGGUCGACAUGGACCUUCCACGCGAGCAUGCUGACCGCUUGGUCUGCGUCACCCGUAGUCUCCUCCGGUUCGCAUUCUUGGCUCAAUAUCCUGUCCACGAUGAUACAACACUCAAGGCGCUCGAGAAAUGUCUUUUCGAGUUUCACCAAAGUCGUGACUUAUACGGGACUACUGACAACUACAACACGGAGACUUCGGAACGGCUACACAUCGAUUUUACGAAGGACGCGUACCGGGCGACAAACCAUCGCGACGAAUACCCACAGAUGACCAGGUGGCUGGAGCGUCGUGAGAAGGUUUUGCAUCACGACAACUACAUCUCCUGGCGUUCGCAACAAGCUGCCAUUGGCCCGGCGACCCUCUCAGCUCAGCAUAAUCAACGAUGGCAACCACCGGAUCUUGCAUGCUCGCUGCAUGUCAAGAUGACUCAACAUCCUACACGAAGGGCAGUGUCUCUCCACGAGCUUUUGUCUCCUGAUGGAUACUGUGCAAAACAUAUUGGUGCCGCCAUCUGCCGUUUUGUUGUUCAGUUCCGUCACCCGACACUCACCUCGCACCAACUCGAAAAUCGUAUCUCAGAGACCCUUAUCCCGUUCACACAUCUUGCCGUCUAUCACCGUAUCAAAUUCUGGAACGAGCAGGUGUUCGGACAGGAGACUUGCGACUCCAUUCAUGUUCAUCCCCGCCAGGUCAACGAACGAGCUCUGAAGGAUACUGUGGUCCCCGCUCGUUUCGACACCGCACUCAUCCUCCCGGGCCACUUUGAUUCGGCUUUUCGUACUGACGCAUAUGUGAUAGACUUACGUGUUGGGCAAAUCCGUGUAGUGUUCACGCUACCGGAUGCUGCACUCGACUAUUACUUCCCUGGUAUCCCACCUGAGCAGCGCCCACCUCGGCAUCUUGCAUAUGUCGAAUGGUUCUCAAAGUUCCCCGCUUCCCCAGAGAAGAACUCCGGAUUCUAUAAGGUGUCGCGCUCCUCGAAGGACGGUGAGCGCCUGGUAUCUGUGGUACCGGUAGGUUUGAUCCAGCGCAGCAUUCACCUUACGCCCAAGUGGAAUGGCCCCGUACCUUCAGAUUGGUCUAGUGAGAACGUCCUGGAGAAAUGUACUGUGUUCUAUGUAAACACAGACAAGGAUAUGCACACGUUCUUCAAUGUAUACUGA